AAUAGAAUAUAAUAAAAUUUAUAUAAAAAAAAAAUGAAUGAAAUGGGUUGAUGUAUGGGCCGCACCUGAGAUGAUGAUCCAGUCAAACUCCAUCCAAGUCAGUUGCUUGGAGUAAAAACACAAAAAAUAAAAAAUAUAUCACCCUCACCAACUCCGUUUUGAGAAGAACAAUCAUACAAUAAAGUAAUGGUUUCUCAAAAUGCAAAUUCAAUACAUUUUCCUCCGCAGUUUCGCUUUCUUCAACGUCCAAACGCCAAUCAAAACGCUCGGAUUUUUCGCUUCAAAUCCAUGCCAAAAAAUAGUCGAUCAAUUCAACACUAACAAACAACUAUGGCCGCCUGGUUCUGGGCAGCUCUCUCUCUCAUCGCAUCAUUCUCUCUCGUCCAACAGCUGCUGAGGAGGAGCAGAAAAAAUUCGCCGCCGGGACCCAUUGCGCUGCCGGUGAUAGGGCAUCUCCACCUGCUGGGGAAGAAUCUCCACCGCGACCUUCACCGCCUCGCCGCGAAGCACGGCCCAAUCAUCUUCCUCCGCCUCGGCUCCGUCCCCGCCGUCGUCGUGUCGUCUGCCGCCGGGGCGGAGCUCGUGCUGAAGACGCACGAUCUCGUCUUCUCCGGCAGGACUCACCACCAAGCCUCCCGGUACCUCGGAUACGAUCAGAGAAACAUCGUCUUCGCCCCCUACGGCGCGUACUGGCGCAACAUGCGCAGAUUGUGCACCGUGCAAUUACUCAGCGGCGCGAAGAUCAACGAGUUCCGGCCGAUUAGGAGGGCGGAGAUCGGAGAUACGGUGGAGCUGCUGCGGCGGGAUUCGCAGAAACGGCGAAUCGUGGAUCUCACCGCGGCGGUCUCCGGCGUGAUGGGGAAUAUCAACUGUUUGAUGGUGUUUGGGAGAAAGUAUGUGGAUAGGGAUUUGGAUGAUGAAUUAGGGUUUAAAGCUGUGAUUGAUGAGACGUUGCACGUGGCUGCGAUCCCCAAUUUGGGGGACUUUUUCCCGUUCAUAGCGGCGCUUGAUCUGCAGGGAUUGAAUCGUCGGAUGAAAAAACUCAGCAGUAUUUUUGAUGGAUUUUUGGAGAGGAUUAUCGAUGAUCAUCUUGAGAGAAAGCCGGAGAAGAAGCAUAAUCAAGACUUCGUCGACACGAUGUUAGCCGCUAUGGAUGCCGGGGAAGCCGGAUUCGAAUUCGAUCGCCGCCAUGUCAAGGCAGUUCUGUUGGACAUGCUAAUAGCAGGAAUGGAUACUUCAUCAUCAACGGUGGAGUGGACUCUCUCAGAGCUGAUACGGCACCCGGAGGCGAUGAAGAAACUACAGAAAGAAUUGGAGCAAGUCGUGGGCAUGGAUGAAAUGGUGGAUGAAUCUCAUCUCGACAAGCUCGAAUACCUGGAUCUGGUCGUGAAGGAAUCCUUGAGGCUCCACCCGCCCGGCCGACUGCUUGUCCACGAGUCCAUGGAAGAUUGCAUGAUCAACGAGUUCCAUGUUUCCAAAGGAACGUGGACCUUCGUGAACGUAUGGUCCAUUGGAAGAGACCCUCGUUUAUGGCAUGAGCCUGAUGAGUUCGUGCCAGAAAGAUUUGUUGGGGACAAUGUCGACUUUUCGGGGCAGCAUUUUCAUUUCAUACCCUUUGGGUCUGGCAGAAGAAGCUGCCCCGGGUUGCAGCUAGGGCUCACAUUGGUCCGACUAGUGGUGGCCCAACUGGUGCAUUGCUUUGAUUGGGAGCUUCCCGGCGGCAUGGUGCCUAGGGAUUUGGACAUGAUUGAACACUUUGGAAUAGUGACUAGUAGAGAUAAGCAUCUCAUGGCUAUUCCUACUUAUAGAUUGCAUAAAUGAAUGUAAUAAUGGGAGUUCAAGUCGAUGUGCAAUUUGGAUUUUGUAUCAACCACGGACUUGUAUAAAUGAAUGUAAAUUUUGAGUUUUGUACAUAAAAUGUAAUAAAUGAAGAACAUUUUGUUGUA